AGAGGGAUCUUAAGUGAAAUUAAAUGAAAGUGCAGAUAUAUAUAUUACCGAUCUACUGUACUAUGUACUAACACUAUAACAAUACUUAUGCCUAAGUCGAAAAGCAGAAUUAAUGAGUAAUCUGAUAGUUGUAAAUAAGUUACACACAACACACACACACACACACCAUAUAUAUAUAUAUAUGCCGAUAUCUAUCAGGACACACAAUAAUUAAAACGUAAUUCAAGCAAUCGGAGUCGAAAGGACAUGAACCCCAAGGACGAAGGGAGACAAAAAAUGAGUAAAAAAAAAUAGUAAACGCAAAAAAAAAAAUUAAUAAAUAAAAAACAUGUUACAAACAAGUGAAAUCUAACAAAUAAAAAGAGGAAACGAAAGAAAAGAAAGUUACGCCCGUUUCUUGGCCUUGUUUUGUCAAUAGUUGGUGCCGCCCCCCCAGAAAAACCCCAGUAAAUCCAUCGAGCUGCGGUUACUUUGCUCCUUACCUAGUCCAACUGACAAUGCCUGCGGAUUGUCAACGCCUUGGAAACUGGUGGAAAGUGGCGCGAUUGUUGAUUCCUUCUUCGCCUUUUUUUUUCGUAUCCUUUGUUUUGGCCCAAGGGCCGAGGGACACGGUUUAACGCUCCUGCGUGGAGUUAAUCGGGCAAUCAAAACAACAACAGGAGGAGUCAGGAGUCAGAGGCCAACAUGGGCAAGGCGGGCGCCGGCAAGGGUCGUUCGCCAACACCGACACCCAGUCGUCAGGAUGGUGGGGCAACCACUGGCGGUGGUGGUGGUGCAGCGGCACCCACAGCAACUGGAGGCACCACUGGCGCCGGCAGAUCCACACUACAUGCCAACAAAACGAUACUGAAAACGGUAUCCGUGUUCCUUGCCAGCGGCAAGCGCAACUCGAGUAACCAACAGUCGAAGGCCGCCGCGGCUGCCUUGCAGAACAAACGGCAACAGCGGCAACGGAGGAUGGAUGAGCUGAGCGGCAAAGUGAAUCCCAAGCUGCUGGACAGCCUGCGAAAGAAAACCCGUUUCACCAAGGACGAGCUGGAUGCCUUGUGCCGCAUCUAUCGCAAGCUGGUGUCCAAUUGUCAAUAUGCCGCAAAGACUCUGGCCUCUAGCUCCUCAAGUGCAGCGAUUGCCAAGCCACAUGCCGCUGUGGAGGGCAUCGAUCGCAUUGUGUUCCGUGAGCUAUUGCACAGCACCUUUGACAUCGUUACCGAGGAAAUCCUGAUGGAGCGCAUCUUUUGCAGCUGGGACAAGGCCCACGAGGGUUUGCCCCUUCGUCUCGAGGGUUGGCUCAUUGGGCUUUCCACAUUUCUGAGAGGCACUCCUGCGGAAAGGGCUGCCUUUUGCUUUCGGGUCUACGACCUUAACACGGAUGGUUUUAUUACCAAGGACGAGAUGUUCACGCUGUUGAGGAACUGCCUGAUAAAACAGCCACAGGACGAAGAUCCGGACGAGGGUGUCAAGGAUCUGGUGGAGAUUGUGCUCAAGAAGUUCGACCUGGAUAAGGAUGGCAAGGUAUCCCUGGAGGACUUCAUGGGCACCGUCACAGCCGAACCGUUGUUAAUCGAGGCCUUUGGUCAGUGUCUUCCCACGGACAGCGCCGUGGUUUCGUUCUUCUCAACGCUGCAGGUGUGAUCUGCAUCUGGUUCUAUAG